AUCUGUGUCACAUUUCAUUUCCCACUCCUGAUAAUCGAUAUCCCACGGGCCAACCUGCUGACCUGCUCCUGCCUCCUCCAUCUCGCCGGCGUCCACCGCCUUGCCGUCGCCCCCCGCCGCUGCCACACAGGACAACCCUCUUCGCCUGGCCGUCGCCUCUAAUCCCUCUAUCCUCUCCUGAGCCGUCGCCUCCUCCUGCUCCCCUCUGCUGGUGCUGGAAGGGCAGAUCCGCCCGGACCUGCCGACCGAUUUCUCCUUUCGCUGAAAGAAUUGGCGAUCUCGGCCUCAAUUGCCCUCCGCCCCCGGCGGCGUGGAGGUCCGGAGGGAGGAGUCCACCGCUCUAUCGAACACAGCAGAUUCUGCAAGUCCCGAUAAGCGAGGAAAGUUGAGUUCUUGGAAGUCGGGAGCCGGUUCCGGGCGAUGGCAUCGAGCACCGGUGGCGCGUCGGCGGCGGCGAAGAACGAGGCGUACGUGCGGGCCGACAAGAUCGACCUCGAGAGCCUGGACAUCCAGCUGGAGAAGCAGCUGGCCAAGACCUGGGAGAAGCACAAGGGCAAGUACCAGGGGCCCAGGGAGGACUGGGAGAUCGACCUCGCCAAGCUCGAGAUUCGGUACGUCAUCGCGCAGGGCACGUAUGGCACCGUGUAUCGCGGCACGUAUGAUGGACAGGAAGUCGCAGUAAAACUGUUGGAUUGGGGAGAAGAUGGCUUAGCAACGGAAAGUGAAACUGCUAAUGUGCGAGCAUCAUUUAAGCAGGAGGUAGCUGUUUGGCAUGAACUGAGCCAUCCAAAUGUUACCAAGUUUGUUGGUGCAUCAAUGGGUACCACGGACCUUAAGAUUCCAGCCGAUAGUUCCAACAGUGGUGCGCGGGCUGAGCUGCCGCCAAGAGCAUGCUGUGUUGUGGUAGAAUAUCUUGCUGGAGGAACGCUAAAACAAUAUCUAAUAAAGAACAGGCGAAGGAAGCUUGCAUACAAAGUUGUGGUUCAGAUAGCAUUGGAUCUGGCCAGAGGACUGAGCUAUCUACACUCGAGAAAGAUAGUGCAUCGGGAUGUCAAAACUGAAAAUAUGCUACUUGAUACACAACGGAACCUUAAGAUUGCUGAUUUUGGUGUUGCUCGUGUUGAGGCUCAGAAUCCAAAGGAUAUGACAGGUGCGACAGGCACACUCGGUUACAUGGCCCCAGAGGUCCUUGAAGGCAAGCCAUACAAUAGGAAGUGUGAUGUCUACAGUUUUGGCAUAUGCUUAUGGGAAAUAUACUGUUGUGACAUGCCAUAUCCAGACCUUAGUUUUGCAGAUGUCUCAUCUGCUGUCGUUCAUCAGAAUCUGCGACCGGACAUCCCGCGCUGCUGCCCAAGCGCGAUGGCGAACAUCAUGCGGAAAUGCUGGGACGCGAACCCGGAUAAGCGGCCCGACAUGGAUGAGGUGGUGCGGCUCUUGGAGGCUCUGGACACUAGCAAGGGUGGCGGCAUGAUACCGGAAGGCCAGGCAGGCGGGUGCUUGUGCUUCUUCAGAGCCCGUGGCCCCUAGAUUCUUUCCACCCUUUGAUCUCCUUCUUGCCUGUAUACUAUAAUUGGGAGUCUGCAGUUCAUACCUGUCUGCCAUAUAAGGUCUUUCCUUCUCUGGACUCCGAGUGCCUCUUGUACUGUGCUUCUGCAGCUGUUGAGCUUGUUAUGGUUAAGGUUGGCACUGAUUUUACAGCGAUGUGAUGGUGUAAGUAUAACAGUGAGAAAUCUAUACGAUACAGAGAGUUUCAGCUA